AUGGCCUCAUCCGCGUCCCUAAAAGAGCUCUCCAAGGCGAUACAUGCCUUUAUCCCCCAUCCGACCCUCCCGCUCCCCGACAGCCUCGUCGAGACCAUCGCCGCAUACCUCCACAAGCACGAAAAGUACGAUGAGGCUGCAUCCGACAGGCUUCAGGAGGAGCUUGUGAGUACCUUUGAAAAGUACGUCAAGGGAGUCCCGAGCGCAUCUGGGCCGUGGAUAGGCAUCCUCCGGCGGCUGCUGCCCGUGCUGCAGACACCAGAGCGCGUGCUACCCUGGUUCGACUCGUACAAGGGCCUUCUGGACCGCACCGGCCUGGACAAGCUUGUCGUUGACGAGACCGUGGCGGCCCUCAUGGACCUGGUCAUGUUUAUGGACGAGUACCACGUUCGAUCGGGUGGAGACUCGGCGACCAACCCCAUUAUUGAUCGCCUAUUUUCCAUCUGGAUAAAUCGCUUCUAUCCGGAGGUUGUGGACGAGGACACGAGCCAUGAGUAUAACGAGAGAAUGGUUCGCGAUGCGUUGAAAAGCUUCGGAAAGAGACGACCCAAGGAGUUCUUUACAUCUCUGAACACUUGCUUCAUUGAGAAGCAGUACCGCAAGGCGACACUGAGGUUUCUCUGCGAUUUCCUCCAGGACCAUCCUCCCCAUUUGCACCAGGUCCUGCAUACUUCGCUCUUCGGCAACAUUCUGAAGUGCCUGCUGCAUGAUACAUCCACGACUAUAAUCUCCUCGGCACUCACUGUUCUAAUCAUGCUCCUGCCUCACAUGCCCAGCUCACUCGUACCUCAUUUGCCGACAUUGUUCAACAUCUACGCUCGCUUGCUCUUUUGGGAUCGCGAAAGGGCCAACCACGUGGAGGGUCAACCAGACGGGGGCGACCACUCGAGCGGAUGGGAAACAUGUGCAUACAAUCCGGAUAUGGAUGACUUCCCCGUUGCUCAGCUGUCCAACUAUUAUACGAUACUGUAUGGACUCUACCCCAUCAACUUCAUGGACUACAUCCGCAAGCCGCAGCGGUAUCUGCGUCACGCGAACAUCACCGGCUCGGAGGAUGUCGAAAUCCAGCCAACCGAGAUCCGUCACCGUUCUGAACGCUUCAGGCGGUGUCACCUUCUGCACCCCAACUUCUACACCCUGACAAUCGACUCUGAGAAGACCGACUUUGGCCGCUGGAUUAAGAGCGAGGCUGCCGAGGUGGUCGUCGAGUGCAUGAGCCUCUGCAUGACGAGCGACCUAUACGACACGCCCGAUCUGGACGCCCCUCCUCCAAUGCCCGGCUCUGCCGCUACCAUUAUCCACGAGGGGAUUGAUAAGGAGAGGUCCGACUCGGCACUGCUGAGUGGUUCUCUGAGCCGGACGGAUAAUUGGCGCAACUCCCAGAUGACGAGCACAGACUCAGACUCGAGUCACCGGACUGCAUCCAUGGUGAUCCGCCGUGUGUCGCAGUCGAGUCAGCCUUCCAGCCGGCAUGUCGCCGAUGAGGGCACGGCUAGAGGCCCCAGCACGGACAGCCCUACCAUACCGGCGCAGCUGACGCAGUCACCGUCCCACAGCCAGCUGCAAGAUAUGUUGCACUCGAACAAGGUGAUCAAGUCGAGCCUGCACCAAUCUCUGGCUAAUGACAGCGUUCCGUCACUGUCUCUGAGCCACCAGGAGUCAACGGCUGACAAGUCAACCGCGCCGCCGUCGACCACUGUGGUCCCGCCUUCUGUGAGCUCUCCAGUGUCGGCAAUGGACCUGGGAACCCAGGUGGCCCAUCUACAACGGCGGGUUCUGGUAUUGGAAAACGACCUCAGCUUCGAGCGCUACGUUAAGCAGCAACACAUGGCUCAUAUUGGUGAGCUCCGGCGCAAGCUGGUGGUGGAGGCAGCAAGUGAAGCCGAGACGCAGAACCUCAUCAUGUUGAAUCGCAACCUCAAGAGCCGCUUUGAAGAGGCCAAGAAGGGCGAGAUGCAGGUUCGCAAGGAGUCUGAAAAGAGCCGCGCCAUGGCCAAGAAGUGGGAGGCGGACCUGGCGAGCAAGCUCAAAAACCUGCGAGACGAGUCCAAAAAGGCCACGGCUGAGCUAGGUGCGCUUCGGCGGGAGCUGGACGAGUCCAAGGCGGAGUGCGAAAAGCUACGUAAGCUGGUGUGUGAGGGAGAGGUGAGGGAGCUCAACUGGAAGCAGAAUAUGCAAUCGGUCGACAUCGAACGGACAGAGAUGGAAAGAUUAAAGGCGCAGGUCGAGGAACUUACCAAGUCAGAUCGCGAUCAUCAGGCGCGCGAAAUGGAGCGCAAGACGGCUAUUAAUUCUGCCACGGCAGCGGAUGCGCAAGCCGAGUCGACUAGGCUCAAGCUCGCAGCGCAAGAACACGACGCAGGAAAAACAAGAAUUCUCUUCGAGUCACAGGUCAAGGAGCUUAAGAGGCAGCUUGCAGAGGCUCAGGAAGAACGGGAGCGGCCCGGAGCCAACUCGAACCUGACGAUCGAGGGUGCGUUGGCGGCGAGCAGGGCCAAGCAGGCGGAGCAACAGAAGCAGUACGACUUGUUGAUGCGCAAGUACACUGCUUUACAAUCGUCUCUCCUGGACAUGCAGUCAGAGACGGCGGCGGUCGCAGCAUCAUCCAGAGGGCAGGAUACCCAGCCCGCUGGCGGCGAUUACCUCUCUAUGUCGGCGAGCCCCGUCAUGAUCAAGGCGCGACCUCACCGGUCGAUAUCCAACGCAGAUGCAACCGGGCAUAACCCGACACCGCCGCCCGGGUCUCUCUCGGGCACGCCAGUGUCAGCGGAGCUCGAACGGCGGGCAAGCACGCCACAAGCCGGGGAAGGCUCCGGAAGCGGUGCGCUGUCAAACAGCCCCGGCGAACAACGGCACUUUGGCAGUGGCUUUCACAGCCGAAUUCGCAAGGAUUCCCGGGAUAAGGUCAAGGAUGAUGGCGGUAGCAGCUCCAGCAAGGCCAAGAAGGAGAAGAAGUCGUCAGGCCUGCGCGGCAUCCGAGGGUUCGUCUAG